GAAGGGCAACCCCAACGACAUCCCAGCCGGGCUGAACCUGGGCGGCUACUGCAUGCUGAAGAUGGAGAAGUCUGUCUUGUAAGUCCCAAAUGAGCACUUAGAAUAACAGCAAUAGCAUUUAUUUUCCACGAUGAACAGAAAAAAAUCUGAUCCGUAAAAUCUUAUCUAUGCACGCGCUGUGAUCGCCAUCGCCGACGCGGGUUGCACGCGUUGGUUAGACCUAAGCUUAAAAGAAUAAGAAAUUGACUGCAUUAACCUUUUCUCUGCCAGAUUCUUCCACCGCAUGAAGCUGCGCAACAACACCCGCUUCCGCAUCAACUACUUGCAUACAAACCUCAAGGACCUGGAGAUCCGGACGCAGCUGUCGCUCCACGACCUGCACCUCGUCGGCUCUUACGAGAGAGCCAUCACCGAUAACGAUCCAUCGAUACUUUACUACGUGCCUACUUUUGGCCAAGCUGAUGCUGCAAUCUGUUUGACCAAAGUUCUAAUUCACCAGGUGGUAUACAAAUAUAAUGCACAACUGUCGAAUGGAAUGCCCCCCCUCAACGGAUUGAUGAUCAUGACGGCAGAUGAGCUCACGUCGCACAUGGCUAUGCAACUCGUAAAAGAGCCGGAGACCGUGGAUCUACGGUUCGAUUUCAUUCGUCAGAUGAAGCCAGAAUCAUUGACCAUAGAGGGUCCAGCCAACAGAAUGAUCGCGAAUUUCAAGCAUAUUCUAGAGCACCACAUCAUUUCUCUGAUGACCAACGCGUUAAUUCACAACAUUAGGUCGCUGAGCACUUUAACCAGAUGCCAUCCUAUUCUCUUUGGUCACGUUGACGAAGGUCAAGAACAAGAAACUGAAGAAGAGGAGGAGAAACCCAGGCCCGAAACUGGUUUGAAAAAUACCGUUAUUAUUAUGUUCCAUAUCGGUUGUUGCAUAAAUAUUUACUACUGAAUAUCGUGACGAUAUCAGUAAUA